AUGGGAUCAACUGCAUUUAGAAAAAUUUUACCGAAAAAAAAAACGAAAAAUUUUAGAUUGCUUGAAGUGCCAAUAGCACAUCGUGAAACAACAACAAAUAAUUUUCAAACAACAAUUUGGAUUAAUGAUCCGGAUACUGUCUUCCGUCUUGCAACAGUUCUCGAAGAACGUAAUGAAAAAUUACUUGUUGGUUUUCGAGACGAGAAUGGCUACUAUGAAAAACUGACUGUACCCAAAUCUGAAGUACAACUUUCAAGUACAACAUAUUUCGUAGACGAUAUGUGCAAUUUAAGUGAACUUAAUGAUGCAUGUGUUCUUCAAGUUGUUCGCUCACGUUAUCAAGCAGAUCUAAUUCAUACUUAUUCGGGUCUUUUUUGUCUUGUUGUGAAUCCAUGGAAAAAUAUACCAAUUUAUACAAAAGAAAUAAUGGAGGUUUAUAUGAAUACUAUUGAUAAAGGCUAUAACUUACCUCCUCACGUUUAUGCCGUAGCACAAUCCGCUUACGAUGGCCUUCUAAGUGGUAGUAAUCAGUCUAUUUUGAUAACAGGUGAAAGUGGCGCUGGUAAAACUGUAAAUACAAAACGGAUAAUCGAAUAUCUUGGAGCAGCUUCUGAAUGUCGAAAUGGAUCGUUAAUAUCCGGUGGUAUAAAUGAAAGACUUAGUGCAGCUGGAAUUAUUAUUGAGGCAUUUGCUAAUGCAUCAACAAUUCAUAAUAGUAACAGUUCUAGACUGGGAAAAUUCAUUCGAAUGGAUUAUGGGGAUGAUUUGAUAAUGAAAGGGGCUCAAAUUCAAUUUUAUUUAUUGGAAAAAUCACGUGUGGUGAAACAAAAUGAUGGUGACCAUGGUUUUGACAAAAAUUUACGUCAUUCAAUGGGCUUAACACAGAAAUCAAAUGCAUAUCGUUUUUUGAAUCAGGGAGAUAAAACUGUAGAUCCAGAAGUGAACGAUAUUCAAGGUCUUGCUGAUACUUUGCAUGCUAUGGAGAUUAUUAAAUUCAGCAAAAAUGAAAUCAUAGAUAUUUUUGAAGUACUUGCCGCUUGCAUUCUUCUUGGAGAAAUUAAAUUUAAAGAAAGAAGUGGCUUAGAUAUUACUUAUAUUGAUGGUGUGAAAGAAAUUCAAGCUGCUUGCAAAGUACUUGGUGUAAAAACAAGUAAUUUUAUUGAUGCAAUUACUCAACCAUCAAUAAAAGUUAACGAUUUAGUAAUCCGAAAAAAUCAAAAUCUUGCAAAGACUCUGAGCUCAUUAUCAGCCUUAUGUAAAGCAAUUUACGAACGACUAUUCAGUUGGAUAUUAUCAAAAUGCAAUUUAGCACUGAGUGAAACAUUUCAUCCUAGCAAAUCAGUGCAAACGUAUUACAUUGGUGUCCUCGAUAUUGCUGGCUUUGAAAUAAUUAAGAUGAAUAGUUUCGAGCAAUUUUGCAUAAACUAUACAAAUGAGAAGCUUCAGCAAUUUUUUAAUGAUUUUAUGUUCAUUCGAGAGCAACAAGAAUAUUUAAGUGAAGGAAUUGACUGGAGAUAUGCUGAUUACGGUACUGAUAUGCAAAAUACAAUCGAAUUCAUUGAAAAACCAUUAGGAUUAUUAUCACUUUUACAAGAAGAAUGUCUUGUUCCAAAUGGCAAAGAUCAAUCAUUACUUGAAAAAUUGCUUUCAACGCACUCAAGUAGUCCAAUUUUUGCUCGAUCUAAGCAAUCUGUCAGACGUACGACAGUUUCACAUUUUUCUAUCACUCACUAUGCUGGCAAAAUACAGUACAAUAUUGAUGGAUGGGUGGAAAAAAAUAAAGAUUCUGUAGAAAGAAAUGGCUUGGAAGUACUUGCUACUAGCACUAAGCCACUUUUAAGAUUAUUUUUUCCUCCCCUAUGUGAAGAAAAAUUACAAUCAAAACGACAAUCAAAAGGUGCAACAACCGUUUCUCAUACGUAUAAAGAACAAUUGUUAAAUUUAAUGGACACACUAAACUCAACAAUGGCUCAUUUUAUUCGUUGUAUAGCACCUAACAGAAAACGAUUACCGGGUAUUAUUGACUCACACCUUGUUUUUCAUCAACUUAGAUGUAAUGGUGUAUUAGAAGGAGUCAGAAUAUGUCGUCAAGGAUAUCCAAAUCGAAUGGCAUUUGCUGAAUUUGUAGAAAGAUAUCGAAUUUUAGCCAUUGAUAAGGAUAAUGAUUUAGGUCGAGAUAGAAGUGCAGCUCAAAAAUUAUGUGAAAGUAUUGAGCUUAAUUCAGAAUGUGUACAAAUUGGCAAAAGCAAAGUUUACUGCAAAGUUGGAGUAAUUUCAGAAUUAGAAGCUCGUCGCAAAAAUUAUUUAAAUAAGCUAAUGUGCCAAAUACAAGCAUACAUUCGAUGGUAUUUGCAACAGCAAAAUUUUAAGCGAUUACUACACUUGAACCAAGCAACCGUAAUAGUUCAGAAAAAUGUUAGGAAUUUUGCUGAAAUUACCACAUGGCGUUGGUAUCGCAUUUUGCUGGCAGUUAAAGAACUUAUACCUUUGAAUAAAGACAAAAAAAGAUUGGAAGAAUUAUUGAUAGAAAAUGAUGAACUAGUCAAGCUUGAAAAUGACGAAAAAUUGCAUAUUCAAAAAAGUGCUGAAAUGAAAGAAGAAAUGGCACAGCAUGAAGAAUUAAUGGAAAUAAUGGAGAAACGCUUUGAUGAACAACAUGCUAAAGUUAUGGUAAGCCAAAAAAAUGAAAGAGAAUAUGAACUUCGAAGAAAAGCUGAGCAUGACUUGGAAAUUUAUGGAAGAAAUAUGCAAGAAAUGGAAUUAAAAAUGGAAUUAAUGAAUAAAGAACGAGAUAGAGAAUUAAAUCAAGUGCAAGAGUGUGUUAUGUUUAUUUCAACUUAGAA